UAGAGAUUUGAAGAGUGAGAAAAUAGUUUAGAUGACGGCGUUCUGCCGUGAAGUGACAGGUCAUGGGGGCCUGCCUCGGCCGUUGCUUUCCAAGUGUCACCGACCCUUUCACCUUCAGGUACUCCAGACAUACCGGAAUCACUCAAUCUCCAGAGGAAGAACGAGCUGAGUUGCAGCAGUAUAUGAACGGAGAAUAUACAGACUCUUCGAAAAAAUCAAAAACUUUUCUGUCAUUUCUAUCCCUAAAACGUUUCAAGAAAAAUAGCAGAACCCCAGUGUCUUUGGAAUUGGUUGAAGACACUCGUUGGACAAGAGGCAGUAAUAAAUAUUUCCGGUUGCACUCUAGUAUUGCUGCGUCCACAAGCUCGGGUUUGAACACUCCACUGCAGCCCCUGGAUGCUAGGACCCUGUUGAAGCAUCCAGGCUGUGUCUCCUCGACGACAGCCUCAUCCCUGGACCUCGAAUGGGAGCACGAGGUUCUCCCUGCCCCCCUUAUCGAACUUGAUCCACCCGAGAGCACCAUGGAAUCUCCCUCGAAGACAUCGAGUGGUGGCAGCCGACCGUCCAGUUUGACAGCAUCACCUUGGUCACGUGUAUCAACUCCAAACAGUUUAGAGUGGGAUUCAGUGGAUGCUGAUAAUGCCUGUGACCCCGACACCGAACAAUUGUUAACAGAAAUCGAGAGAUUAACCGACAAAACGCUUAAAGAGACUGGCGAAUGGACUGGUGCUAGAUGAUAACGCUUUGAUCGUUUCAAUUGUUGUAUUUUUGUAUGGAAUUAAUGCUGAUUUUAAGGACACUCAUCAACCAUUAAAAUUAUUCGGAAUUAUUAUCAGGAGAGGGUGAGAAAAUAUUUAGAGCACUGUUGAAACAAAUAUAUUGGCUAUAUCUUCGAUAUUUUAAAGAGCAAUUGAACAGCUACAUGAUAUUUUAUAUUUUAUUAUAACAAGCCUUGAAGAAUUGAAGAAAAUCAUUCUCCCUAAUAUUGCAGCAUCAGCACUUGGAUCACUUCCCAGUCAUAAAUUCUAAAUUUUUACUGUUAGAGUCAAUAUGAUAUUCGAUGGAUUUAUUAAUUGAUCCUGGACACUGGGAUUAUAAACGUUUGAUCCACUUUUACAUGUUUAAGUACUGAUUUUAAUUACAAUCGACUAUUGAAAUGAAUAACGAUUUCUGUUGUGUAAGUUUGUCGAUUAAUGCACGUGAUUUUUAUCGAUUAUUUCGUACGAAAGCUAAUCGUUAUAUACAAUCUUAGAAAGAGGACAGAUAAAUCAGAGAUUAUUGAAAUAAAAUGGUUGUUGGUAAUUGUACAACGAAAAAAUUAUUUUUGUUCAACUAACGAUGAAUUAUAACAAGACGGGGACAUGAUACUGCUGAGAAAA